UAAAAAGUGGCAAGUCGGCAUGUGUGGUUCCAGUUGUCCCAGUUUCUGUAUCGUCAACACCUUUGAGCUGUAGGCAGACGAAGCCACGGAGAUCAGAUGGACUCAUUGCCGUUUAAUAAGGUGGGGAGUGAGCGGUCGGAUGGAUCGGAGCACAGUUCCAGCUCCAGAAGUGGAGCUGGAGGAGGAGGGAUGUUUGAGUAUUUUGGGUGGGUGUAUCAUCUGGGUGUGAAUACGUUAGGGCAUGAGUAUUGUCACCUUAGGUUUCUCUUCAUUAGGGGAAAGUAUGUCGAGAUGUAUAAGCGUGAUCCUCAUGAGAACCCCGGUAUUAGACCCAUUCGGAGGGGUGCUGUUGGGCCUACGCUGAUGGUGGAGGAGCUGGGGCGCAGAAAGGUUAAUCAUGGAGGUAAGGGUGGGGAUAUCUAUGUUCUACGGUUUUACAAUCGUUUGGAUGAAACCAAAAAGGGAGAAAUUGCUUGUGCUACUGCCGGAGAAGCACAGAAAUGGAUGGAGGCAUUUGAUCAAGCCAAGCAACAGGCUGAGUAUGAGCUUUCAAGAGGGGCUAGUGCCAGAAACAAGCUGAACAUGGAAGAGGAGAUCGAUCUUGAAGGUCAUCGACCUAGAGUAAGGCACUAUGCACAUGGAUUGAAAAGGCUUAUAAAAAUUGGGCAAGGCCCGGAGAUGCUCUUGCGUCAAUCCUCAAGCUUGGGUGGAGAUGUUAACACAGAGGGAUACUUUCGAACAGAUUUUGGAGAUGCAGUUGAGGCGUAUGUAUGGAAAUGUGUACGAACAGUUAAUGGUGUUCGAAUAUUUCAAGAUGUUGCUAACACUGAGAGAGGAAAAGGCGUUAUCGUCAAGUCUGUUGGCGUUAUUGAGGCAAGUGCAGAUACUGCUUUUGAAGUGAUUUUAAACCUCGACCGACACCAGAGAUAUGAGUGGGAUAUGCUGACAGCUAACUUAGAGCUGAUAGAUUCUUAUGAUGGAUACUUUGAUGUUGUCUACGGGACUUUUGAUCCUAUGUAUCUUUCUCGGUGGCGUUCCAAGAAAGAUUUUCUCUUCUCUAGGCAAUGGUUCCGUGGACAAGAUGGAACAUACACCAUCUUGCAAUUUCCAGCUGUCCAUAAGAAAAAGCCUCAGAGGUCCGGGUAUCAUCGUACAAAAAUAAAUCCAUCUAGUUGGGAGAUUAGAGAUCUGAAAACAUCCAUGGGUUCAAAUACUCCACGAUGUCUUGUGACGCAAACGGUGGAGAUACAUUCUGUGGGCUGGUGGAAAUGGAAGAAAAAUCAGUACUCGAAGUUCGAAAAGGGUGUACCUUAUGCAUUGUUGUGCCAAGUGGCAGGUUUGAAGGAUUAUAUUGCGUCAAAUCCUGCACUAAUAUUCAAAUCAUCCGCUUCAGUUAUCCAAUCGAAGGCAGCUGAAGCUUCCAUUUCCAAUGCUGAAUAUGAGGCUGAGACAGUGCAUGAUGAGUUUUAUGAUGCAAUUUCAGCAGGCUCUUCAUCUUCUGAUGAAGAGAGCGACAGUGAUGAACAUAAGAAUAAGGAAGCAAAAGUGAGACUGAAGAAUGUUGCAUGGGCCAUCGCUAGCUUAGCUUUGAAGCGAGCUCAAGCUGCAGAUGCUAAUAAAGAAUUUGAUUCCAGAGUGCCUGCAAUCAUUAUUGAUCCAAGCCAGUUCCAUGGUUCCUUGUCCAAAGGGAAGGAUGAGACCGUCACAAACUGUUGGACAUCUCCAAGUGGCGAGGGAUUUAUGAUCAGAGGAAAGAACUACCUGGAGGACAAUUCUAAGGUAAUGGGAGGAGAUCCCCUACUCAAGCUCAUAGCGGUAGAUUGGUUCAAAGUUGAUAAAAGCAUAGAUAGGUUCGCACUGCAUCCCAGGUGCCUUGUCCAGUCAGAAGCCGGAAAGAAGCUUCCAUUUGUACUAGUCUUUAAUCUCCAGGUUCCAUCUAAACCAAAUUAUAGUUUGGUACUUUACUAUGCUGCUGACAGACCUCCAAAUCCAAAUUCUUUGUUUGCUAAGUUUGUGGAUGGGAGUGACAUGUUUCGCAAUGCAAGAUUAAAGUUAAUUCCAAGUAUUGCUGAAGGAUAUUGGAUGGUUAAGCGUGCUGUUGGAACUAAAGCUUGCCUACUGGGGAAAGCUGUAUCCUGCAAAUAUCUCAGACAAGACAAUUUCCUAGAGAUUGAUGUAGAUAUUGGAUCAUCAUCUGUGGCAAGGAGUAUCAUUGGACUUGUCCUUGGAUAUGUCACGAGCAUAGUGGUUGACCUUGCAAUUUUAAUAGAGGCAAGGGAGCACGCAGAGUUACCUGAGUACAUUUUGGGGACUGCUCGACUAAAUCGUUUGAAGCUUGACUCUGCCGUUCAUUUGGAAGUUUAAGAUUUUUGUGCUGUGUGAGCCGUCCCUUUCUUAUGAGGCUGCUAAUGUCAAGUUGGCGGUUACCUAGGUUUUUUAGUGCUGACACAUGGACAGCAUAGGCAUUCUCUCGCGAACAUCUAUUGGAUCGAAAGACUGAACAAAGGGCCGCUUCACAGGGUUGCGGACAUCAUUUUCUGUAUGUUAUAGUAAAUUUGUGAAACUGAAUGUAGUUAAAUAGCGGAAUGAUUUGUAAAUGCCAGUAGGCAAUCCUGUAUCGUUUAUAGAUACUGCCCUGUGGAGUAUAUUUUUUAAGGGAAGUCCCGCUUAAAUUUAUGGGUUGUGAAAGGAGGUAGAAGAGACAUUUUCAUUUGUGGUCAAUACAUAUGUACUUUUGCAGUCAACCAAAA